UUCACUCAAGAAAAGUUAUUGGUGGUGUUCGUAUCGCAUUCGCAUUCGCUCGUUACGUUAAACAACAACAAAGAAAAACACAAAAGAAGAAAACAAAGCAAAAAAAUUAUUUAUUUAUGAAAGAAAAUUUUUCAAACCCAUCAUUUUCGGUACCACGUAAAUUGACAAAGUUUUGUAAAUUUGCCAAAUUCAUCAACGUUGUUCGGUCGAUUCACACAAAUCGCAUCAGCACCGAAAUUUAUUUACAAAUUAUACAACAAGAAAUAAACGGAAAGCAUUGUUUUUCGCUGUUUCCAUUGAUCAUUGUACGGCGGUAGCUUUUUUAUCUGACAUACUACAGUGUCUAUUUUGUGUGUGUGCGUUUCAUAUAAAACUAACCAGACAGAGGGUCCACCAUUAAGCGGAGAAUAGAAAAAGGCAAUAAGAAAAAAGUUACAGCAAGAGAAUAGAAGCAAAAAGUGAUGAAAAGUGCAAAAAAGUGAUAUUUUAACAGAACCCAAAGUGAAUUUUGUUGAAAUUUUUCCAUUGUUAUAUUGUUGAAGAAAACACAACCAAAAAAAAACCAAUCUCGCACUGAUUUUACACAACUUAACAGCAGUAACUACUCUGCCGUCGACAUCUCAAUUACUCUUGUACCAACCAACCAACAAACAACAAUACAAAAUCGCCCCAAUCGUCGUCGUCGUGUGAAUGAAUUGUGAAAACGUAAAAUAACAGAAUCCAAUCUUCUAUCUACAUAAAGGAGCCAAAUUCAGUUGAUUUGAUAAUAGAUAAAAACAAAGGUUAGUGACGCCCUAUACAUGAUGUUUGUACCGUCUUCGAUCAUUUUUAGACCAUUAUCGACUUUGUAAAAUGCAGUAGCAACUAAAAGAAAACAAUCAUCCGAUAUAUUAUCUAUUACAACAUUUAAUUGGACAAUAACAGCAAUAAAUGUCAACAUAAUUUGAGAAACAGAAGAAGACCAGACCGCCACUGUGGACAGAAGAUCAGAAAUUUCUUGUGAAGGCUAUUUAAUUUUUGUCCCAGCCGUCAUUUUUGUUUGCCAAAUGCCAAAAAAUUGAAGAGCUAGAGAAGACAGAGAAAAGAAUUUCUUAAUCUGCAUAUACAACCAAAGUACACACACGCGCUCCCGGUAUUGCCCACAAAUUGCCAGUUUCAUGAUUGAAGACUACCCCCUCUCUCUCACACACACACACAGCCAAACAUUGAUUUAAAUCGCUCUCCGCUCAAGAGACACAUAUACAUAUCUCUUUCUCUCCCGCUUACACAGAUGCAAAUAUCAAAGUUUACCAACAGCAGCAGCAUCAGCAGCUAAUAUCACAAGAGACACGAAUUUAGUUUGCAAAAAUAUUAAAGGAGGGCCCAUAGUCGACGCCGUCGUCGUCGUCAUCAUUACAUUGUGCAUUAUUUGCUUAAUUAAAAAAUCAUAAUCUUUAAUAGUAAAAAUUCAGUCACCUUCGGCUUGAGCGCAAUAUUUAUCAUCCAAACGAACAGGCAAUCAGUCCCUAAUAGCAGCUACAGCAGCAACAACAACACAAACAAAAGAGCUUAAAUGAAACGAUAAAAGACAACAAAGAACGAACCAACCAACCACCACCACCACCACCACCACCGUCAUCCCUCAACGCUAUUUGAAUUUGUUCAUAUUUGGACAAAUUCAUUUCAACUCGAGAGUAGCCCUACUGGAAGAACGGCUUACUCUCCAUCCGCGUCCUUUGCACCUGUGUCUCUAGCUUUCAUUCUCUAUCUCUCCGUGUUGUCUCAUUUGCCAAAAUAAUCCAGGACACUCACACAUACCAUCGCUUUCUCGUACUGCUACAAAAGAAAUAUUUGUACAGCAAAAAAAUAAAAAGAACGACAAUCUCUCACCACAGUCCAUAGUCGUUUAUAUGUGUGCCAAAGUGGAAAUAUAAGGGAAAGAAAAGUUAUCAUUUUCAUUAACUUAACAGAAUUAAAAUUGAAAUCGAAAUUUAAAUAAAAGCAGAAGUCGUCGUCAACGCCUCCACCUCCACCUUCACCACCAAUAGCAACAGCAGCAAAUCAAAUACAUCUACCACCACCAAACCAAAACAAAAAAAAAAAAAAAAACAACACAGACAGAGCAAAAAUGGAGGACAAUAACACAAGUACGCAAACUAAACAUGAUGAUCCAUCGGUUACACUAACAAUAAGGCUGAUUAUGCAAGGAAAGGAAGUUGGCAGUAUUAUCGGCAAAAAGGGCGAAAUUGUCAAUAGGUUUAGAGAAGAGUCUGGCGCAAAAAUCAAUAUAUCUGAUGGUUCAUGUCCGGAACGUAUUGUCACGGUGUCUGGUACAACUAGUGCAAUUUACUCGGCAUUUACCUUAAUCACCAAGAAGUUCGAAGAGUGGUGCUCGCAGUUUAAUAAUGAUGUUAACAAAGGUGGUAAAACACAGAUACCAAUUCGUUUGAUUGUGCCUGCCAGUCAAUGUGGAUCGUUAAUUGGCAAAAGUGGUUCAAAAAUUAAGGAAAUACGACAGACAACAGGAUGCUCCAUUCAGGUGGCUAGUGAAAUGUUGCCGAAUUCAACUGAACGUGCCGUUACUCUAAGCGGCACAGCUGAACAGAUUACCCAGUGCAUCUAUCAGAUUUGUCUUGUUAUGUUGGAGUCGCCUCCAAGAGGUGCUACCAUCCCUUAUAGGCCAAAACCACAAGUGUCUGGACCCGUCAUCUUGGCUAAUGGGCAAGCCUUUACCAUACAGGGCAAUUACGCUGUACCCGCACAAGAGACCUGCCCAGUAUUUCCACUUGCUUUGGCUACCGGUGGUCUACAUGCUGGUAUAUCGGGCUUAACGGAUCCUUUAUUAAAGGGCGCACAUUUGCAAGGAGCGGUACCAGCACACCAUCACCUACAGCAAUUGCCCGAUGUGGCUAAAAAUCCAUUGGCUAGUUUGGCUGCUUUGGGUUUGGCUGGCAUGGCACCAGCCAACACCGGAGGUCUUAAUCCAACAGCUUUGGCUGCCUUGGCUGGUUCUCAAUUGCGUACAGCAAAUACAAAUCGUGCUCAACAGCAACAACAUGAGAUGACUGUUUCGAAUGAUUUGAUCGGUUGCAUUAUAGGCAAGGGUGGUACUAAAAUUGCCGAAAUACGUCAAAUCUCCGGUGCAAUGAUACGCAUUUCGAAUUGUGAAGAACGUGAAGGUGGCAACACCGAUCGCACCAUCACCAUCAGUGGCAAUCCAGAUUCUGUGGCUCUGGCACAAUACUUAAUCAAUAUGAGCGUCGAAUUGCAGAUGGCAAAUCUCCAAGAGGCAAAUAAUGCUGCUGCCAUAACAAAUGGCACAACAACGACGGCCACGGCAAACGGAGGACAGACUAAUACUAACAGCCAAACUAACAGUAGUAAUGGCAACAGCACUACAGCCACCACCACCACCCCCCCAACCAACAACAACAGCAACACAACAUCCAACACAAACAGUUCAGCAGCAUUAGUAGCUACUCUAAGUAACAAUACAAACAUUAGUAACACAAAUACAACCACAACAACAGCAUCCAAUGACACAACUACAACAAGUGUUUUAAAUUCUGCCAAUCCUUUGGCAGCUGCAGCCAGUUCUUUGGCCACCGCCAUACCCUUGGCGCAGCUGUUGGCUAAGCCUGGAGCACUGAAUGCUCUCACCAGUCUUACCGCCCUAGGCAGUCUAUCCGAUCUAUUGGGUGGCUUGGCCACCUUGGGCGGUCCACCAGUCCAGACCACCGGUGUAAAUCGCACCAAAAGUUUUGCUUCAUCACGCUUCCGCAAUCACAAUGCCGAUGGUAGUGCCGAGCCUGAGAAAGCUCGUAACAAGUUCAAUCCCUAUUGAAAUGAUUAAAUCGCUAUUAAAAAAAAAAAACAUUCAAAGGCGAUGAGUAUUAACUAAUAGCAAUGAAAUGAUAUGAUUCAAAGAAGGGGUUUCGAUUUUCUUUAUCAGAAAAAAGCAUUAUGCAACCAAAUUUCUUAGAAGCUCUAGAUUUUAACAAAACUAAAAGAAAAAAAAACACUUGUAGGAACGAAUAACUUGUCGAUAUAUUGACCGAUCGUUCGUUGAUUAUAGAUGAAAAUGUGUAGUUGAAACAAGGAGAACUUUUUGAGAACCUCAAAAUGAGUCUUGCCGCCGCCGGCUUUCAAAUUUAAUAGAAAAAAAGUAGAAUAUGAAAUUCACAAAAAUCAUUGACAUAUAACAAGAAAAAUAAACCCACUCUCCCCCGCUCUAACUCUUUAAAACUCCCUCUCUAUAAACCACAAGGUUAUCACACUCUCCCUUCGACAACUUCCAUAACAAAAAAGCAAAAACACAACAAUAUUCAAGUAAGAAAAAGGUUUCACAUAAAAGGCAAUAAUAAAAAUAAAAUUAUGAUGUAUCUAAAUUCUGAAUUAAAUUCGGAUUGAUUUCAAUAAAUGACGACGACAGUAUACGAAAAAGGCAAACAUCAUUUGGCACUGCAGCUCCAUGGUACAAAUGCCAACCACAUGCAUUAACUUCUCUAUUGCCAAUUCAUACAUAAUAAAAAAAUUAUACUUCAGUAAUUAUUUUUUCAUUCUUUGUAAAAUUCCAUUCCAAAGACCACCACUAAACCUUCAAUGAGUCCUUUCGUGUCCCUUAGUUUUACUGAAAUCUCUUCUUGCUUGGACUUUAUUGUAGUCUCCAACAUGUUAACCUUAUUCCUCUUAUAUGUAUGUAUUUUCAAUACGAGUUCUUUCUUCUUUAACUCCCAUAGCUAUACUAAAAAUAUUAACCAUAAGUCUAAUGUACACCAAAUUUUUUUUUUAGUAAAAUAGUAUAACGAAACCAAUCCGUUUGUUAGAUAAAUGAAUAGUUUAAGCAAGUGAUUAAUGUACAUGUGUUUAAGCAAAUGCUCAUUACACAAUGUGUAUUGUGAUUGAAAGGAACAUAAUUACCAACCCAAUUGUACGUAUGUUUAUUUUACUAAAGUUUAAUGUCUUUGUGAUCAGGAUAUUACAAUCUUUAUUAAACUAUUCAUUAAGUUAAGCUUUAAACUCUCUCCCUUUCUAUGUUAUACGUUUACAAUACUGAUAAAAUUAAUGAGAUAUAAACAGAUUAAAUAGCGAUGUUUAUUGGCAUAUAAGAAAAAUAAAACUUUUAGAAAUAUGUUUAGGUAAACAUAUAUACACAAACUACAUAUGCAUAUUUAUUGCCUACAACAUAUUGCUACAUAUAUGUUUAUUUUUAAGGAUCAUCAUGUUACUACUCUUCUAUAUCAACCAAUAGAUGAGAGCACACACGUUAUUUUGACAAUGCUGAGAUUUGGCAGCAUACUUUAAGAUUUGUUAGUUUUUUUUUCGUUUUUUUGGUUUUAUCCAAAACAAUGUUCCUUACAAAUUGGUGUUAAUGUCAUCCAUCACCCAUAGGAUUACCAUAUAUAGCUUCGAAUAUGUGUAGUUAAGUUAGGUGUGAAAAUAGAGAAUACUCACAAACAUUUCUUAUGUAUCUUUCGAAACUGUUCUAUCGAUUAUGCACUCAUUUCUGGUCAUUCGAGAAUACCCAGUGUUUUUUUUUUCGUUAUUUUUAGUCGAAAACCAUACAUAUUUCGAAUGGACUUAUUAUUAUUUUUCAAGUCGUGUACAUUUUUAUUCAUCUCAUUUUCAAGUAUGUAUACUAAUUAUUUUCAUGAUAUAAGAAAUAAUGGACAUCAGCAGUCAACACUGAAAAGUAUUAAAAUCUCAGUCAUUGCUCACACACAAGUAACAGAUAAUUGUUAUUGCCAUUUUUCAAUCACGUCAAGUAAAAAAGGCCUUCAAAUUUCCAUUUUCUGCUCUCCAACAUCCUCCAUUGAAUUAUUUUUAGUUGUCACAAACAUCAGAUUAUUUUCUGCCAGGCGCAAAAGCUAUUUCUCAUGUUUUGGACGCAAAUUUCUAGCGGAAUGUUUUCUCUUCUGAAAUCAACCAUUGUUUACCAAAAACAGCAAACGUUUUCUGUCGUUAUAAGUUAAAACAAAAAUUAACUAUGGUCCUUUUAUCUUAUUGUAUUGUAUUUGCUCAUUCCAAAUUUUGCUUAAAAAUUCCUAUAAAUACUUGUAGUUAUUAUCAAAAAAUUGUUUUUAUCAUAGUACACAGAUUGUUUUCAAAAUGCAUUUUUACAUUGUUUUUCACAAAACUAAUAUAGAUUUGAAAUAGGGUUAUUUGACUCAUUUCCCUUGUAGAACUGUCAAAUAAACCUAUUUUAAGGCUUUAUUUUUUUUUUGGGCUAAAGUUUUUUGUUAUGCUUUCAUAUACAGUGGUGGAAAAAAUAAUUGGGACAUAUUUCCUUUUCCUCAAUAUUUUAAUAAUGAUGUCAAUUAAGUUAAAAACACGCUUUGUGCAAUAUUAGUGUCAAUAAAAAAAAAGAAUUUGAAAGGUUUGGUGUUUCUUGGCACGAAACUUUUCUUAGACUAUUAUCUAUCAAUCUUGCAGUCAGCAUGUUUCGUAGUUUUUGACUUGUAAUUGGCGCAUCGAAACACGGUUGUAAUUCACCGUAACAAGCAUAUUUAAAUCAACAGGUCUAUUCAGCCUUUCACUGAAGUACACAUAUUUUCUCACUCUUUUUGUGGAAUAUUAAUCUUGUCGCUAUGAUUUGUUUAACAACUGUAUCUUGCACAUAACGUCGAUUACACGCUUAAGUGUUCCAUACCCUAUUCUUCUAUAGUUUUCGAGAUACAUAGUUGGUGAUCAGUGUGAUCUAUACCCCAUACACGUACGUAAUUGAUUAGUUCUUUAUACCCUCCACCAUAGAAUGGGGGUAUACUAAUUUCGUCAUUCUGUUUGUAACUCCUCGAAAUAUUCGUCUCAGACCCCAUAAAGUAUAUAUAUUCUUGAUCGUCAUAACAUUUUAUGUCGAUCUAGCCAUGUCCGUCCGUCUGUCUGUCGAAAGCACGCUAACUUUCGAAGGAAUAAAGCUGUAGGUCGGUUGGGAUUGUAAAUGGGCCAUAUCGGUCCAUGUUUUGAUAUAGCUGCCAUAUAAACCGAUCUGGGAUCUUGAUAUCUUGAGUCACUAGAGAGCGCAAUUCUUAUGCGAUUUGGCAGAAAUUUUGCAUGAUGUGUUUUGUUGUGAUUUCCAAUAACUUUGCUAAGUAUGGUGGAGAUCGGUCCAUAACUUGAUAUAGCUGUCAUAUAAACCGAUCUGGGGUCUUGACUUCUUAGUUCACCGUAAAUCCGAUCCGAUUUCGCUGAGAUUUUGCAUGACGUGUUUCGUUAUGACUUUCAACAAGAACGCAAAGUAUGGUUCAAAUCGGUUCAAACCCUGAUAUAGUUGCCAUAUAAACCGAUCUGGGAUCUUGACUUCUUGAGCAAAAUUAUUAUCUGAUUUGAAAAUGAAAUUUGUACAACAUGACCUUCAACAUACGUGUCAAAUAUGGUCUGAAUCGGUCUAUAGCCUAAUACAGCUCCCCUAUAAAACGAUCUCCCUAUUUUACUUUUUGAGCCCCUAAAGGGCGCAAUUCUUAUUCGAUUUGGCUGAAAUUUUACACAAUGACUUCUACUAUGGUCUUCAAUAUUCAUUCCAUUAUGGUCCGAAUCUGACCAUAACUUGAAAUAGCUCCAAUAGAGACACCGGGAAAAGAACUCGACAAAUGCGAUCUUUGGUGGAGGGUAUAUAAGAUUCGGCCCGGCCGAACUUAGCACACUUUUACUUGUUUUUUUUUUUUUUAACUUAAAAAAGUCCUUCUUACGCAUAGUGUGAUUGUUUAUAGGCCUGAUGGCUGUGCAUUGCAUGAAAUGAAAAAGUAAUUUCGCUUAUUUCUCGAAACGAUAAAUUGUUUAACGCAACACUAACGCAAGCAACCAAAGACAUAUUAUGUAUUGAGUAAAGAAAUAAGAACACAAAUUAUGUGUAGGUGUUUUAUAAAGAGCACAUCCUAUUAUGUGAACAGUUAUUGGCAUUAUCGCAUGUCUCUAUAUCUAGUCAGGUGCUUGCGCUAGCUACUCCAAAACCAGCAAUGUGUGAUCUUGAAAAUGCUUUUUGGUUUAUGCUUCGGGUCGUUGUGCUGAUGAAAAAGACUCAUCUUAAUGACCCUUUCCUUUUUCUCUCUCAAAAUAAUAAUAAAUACCCAUAACAUUAGUGGGCCGACUAUAAAUAGCAACCGUAACGUGUCUGACAACGCGACCAAAAUAAAAAAAUUAUACAAGAUAUGGCAACAUUUAUCAAUUUAUAUCGAAAAUAGUGUUUUGAUAGUCCGGAAAUGAGCAAUAUGUAAACCUACAAGUAAAUCAACGGAAAAAAACGUUUAAGCUUAUAAAUUUUCAAGAAUAAACGUUCAUGGACAAAUUUACAUUUGCAAUGAAAACGUUUCCCAUCAUCAAAUUUGACUUCAGCAAUUAUUACACAAAAUUACAAUUUGUAUGGUGCUACAAGAGCCCAAACUUCUAUCGUUUGUUUGUGAAUAAAAUAAAAUUGAUUUUUGUUAUAACAAAAACAAACAUGAUAUUGAAAUUGGCCAUUUCGGGUAAAUAGUAUGUCUGUAUAAAACACUAGAAACAACUUGAGACAACCAUGCAAAGUCAGUGUCAAAAUCUCAUCAUUGAGCUCGUCUCGCAAGAGAAUCAGACAAAAAUUAUAAAAUUUAAUGAUCUUCGCCCUAACAGGGGGAAAAAACUUGAAGACAACAUUUUUAGUUCAGUACAGUCAAUCAAAAAUGUAUUUUGUCUUAAUAUUUCUAGAAAAGAAAUCAAUUGCAUUUUAAAAACCUUUAACAAUAUUUUUUUUUUUUAACAUUCAAAAUCUGUAAAAAAAUUCGAAAUCUGGUGCGGCUAAUAAUUUUUUCAAUGGUUCUACGGACAUGACAGUGGUAAUUUGAAAAUAUUGGCAUUAAUAAUUACUUGAUUCGUGCAACUAGCGGCAGCGUCUUUAUUAUCAUAGUAUCAACCCCAACGGUAUCACUUUAGACGCUGUAAAUAUUUUUGAUCAAAAUAAAGUCAAACAAAAAAAAAGUAAGAAUAGUGUUAUUCAACAACAUGUGUAUUUUAUAUGGCAAUAAUUAAUGCUCUGGCAAUAAUUAUAUUGAAAUAUUAAUCAAGUAUUUCAGAAACAUUGAUGAAUUUGGUCUGUUGGGUCUUUGACGUUGUCAAGUUCUACUGCCUUCCAUAACUUUUCACCAUUGUAUACUUGGCUUUCUUUUGUGUGAAACUCAAAAUAUAUUGCGUAAUAACACAAUGUUUCAGUUAACAAAAAAACUGAUUUGGACCAUUAAUAAUAUCUAGAUUUUUUACAUGUAUACUUAGAGUAUUUGUCUAAUAACGAGGGUAGAAAAAGUUUACAGUUUUGUUAGCUGGUAUUAUAGAAUAAACAAAAUCAUUCUAACUAAAAUACAGACAAAAAGAAAAGCAAUCAAUGUGUGUUUAGAUAAAAUAACUUGAUAUAAAAACAAAAUAACUUAUAUUAGAAUAUUAAAUUGCCAAAAAAAAAAAAAAA